UCAGGUCGCGCCAUCUACCGCUAUCGCCAUGCAAAUAAAAGUGGAAACAACGAGAUAUGUUUACAGGCAGUUUGCAAAAAAAAAUAGAAAAAACAACUUUAACGUGUGAUUAUUACCAAAGCUUCUUGUGCAAUAGAUGCAGUGUAUUUUUUUACAUUUUACUGUUAAUAAUUUCGGUAAGUAAAAAUUGCUAUACGCGCAUAAUCUAUGAUUGUUACUAUUUUGAUGUUAUUAGUUAUCGUUUGUGUUAUGCCUGUAACGUUCCCGCUUAUUGUUGCCUGUAUUUAUGUUUUUCUUAUCUAACGUCUUUCGCUAUUUUUCGACCUCGUUAUUACUUUCAAUUCGACUGUUUCGCCGGCCAGUUCAUAUGGCGAUAAUCGCCACACUAUAUAAUUGGAGGACUAUAUAACAGCGGUAUUGCACAGCGAUUUCUAUUCCAAGUUGCAGCAACUGCUGUAUUUGUUAUGGAUAAAAAAUGGAGAUUGUGAUAACAACUGGAUUUCAAAAAGUUACCCAUGAAAUACUCUUUCAACCGGAAACUAUUCCAAAAGGGAAGCAACUAGUUAAUGCUGGUCAUGUUUGCGAUGUUAAGGAAUGUAGGCGAAAUAAUCAAAGUUACCUUAUUGAAGCUCAAGUCAUAAGACAAACUUCAGUGUCAUCUCAACCAUACCGUACAAAGUUAAAUAUUGAUGCUGAUCGUAAGGUAACUCUUGUUUCAUGCACAUGUGUUUACAACAAGAGCGGAAAAUGUAAACAUAUAGCUGCUCUCAUUCAUUAUAUUAAUAAUGAAGAAAGUUUGAGCAAGACAGAUUUUGAACAGCAAUGGGGAAAGCCCACAACGCACCAACUUACAAAAGAAAAAUAUUCUAAGGGAAAAUAUUUUUGUGAUAUGUUUCCGCCUACAAACAAAUUUAAUGUAAAACCUGUAGAAGUGAAUAUGACUGAGUUACCAGAUCCUUCACCUUUAAAAACUAUCUUGCUCGAGAUCAAAAAAGAUAAAAAUCAAAAAGCGAUACAAAGCCUCAUGGAUUUUAUGUUAACCGAAGUUGAAAGGAAUCUCCAAAAAGAAGAUUGUGCAUCCUGUUUGAAUACAUUUUUUACAUUGUGUGAUAAUUGUAUGGUAUAUAUGAAGGAACAACAAGUGCAAGAGUAUGCGAAAAAUUUUUACUGUGCAUCGAUAUUAUUAACAAGGAAGGAAAUUGUUCAAUUAUGUUGUGACACCUUAGAACAGUCAAAGUGCGAUAAAUGGUUUCAAGCUAGAAGCAUCAGACUGUCUGCUAGUACGAAUAUCCAUAGUAUCAAAAUCAGAAAUAAGAAGACGAUAGAGAAACUAGUUUCUGAAAUGCUAGAGUCAAAAAAAGUUGAUACUCCUGGGACUCGUUAUGGGAUAAAACAUGAAGUGGAUGCAAUGACAGAAUACGAGAAUAUGUUUAAAGUAAAUGUAAAAAAAGUUGGAUUGCUAGUCUGUGAGAAACAACCAUGGCUAUGUGCUAGCCUUGACGGUGUAGUUACUAUAAGUGGAUGUGUUAAGAAGAUAGUUGAAUUCAAAUGUCCGAUAACCUGUGAAAAAAUGCCUGUUGUCGACUUUGAAAAUAAAAAGUGUAAUGUCAAAUACUUAGUCUUUGAAGGAAAUGAAGUACGUUUGAAGACAUCAGUUCAGUAUUAUACACAAUGCCAAACUCAAAUGUACGUGUCGGGUAUGAAGGAAUGUGAUCUGUUUAUUUACUCUCCUGUAAAAAAUGGUUGCUGUUGUACGUGUAACUGUCCAAAGAAAUGAAAAUUUCUUAAAAAAAGUGAUUCCAAUGUGUGAAGAUUUUUAUUUUCAGCAUUAUUUAGUUAAAUUGAUUGAAAAAACAGUUAAAAGUGCAAAUACAAAGAGCAAACAGCCAAAGCGAUGCUUCAAUGGUUUUGAUAUAAGCAAUAGUAUGUAGUUUUAUAUAGUUUUAUAUAUGUAUAAGUUGUACGUUUAAGUACCUGCGUAACUCAAAAGUUUAAGAUUGU